CCAGGUUCUAAGGAUCGUUCUGUGUAAUGUGAAUGUAACAGCGAAGUUGAAGGUAUAGAAAACCAUCGGUGAAGAUCAUGGACUUUGUUAUGAAACAAGCUCUGGGAGGAGCCACCAAAGACAUGGGAAAAAUGUUGGGUGGUGAUGAAGAGAAGGAUCCAGAUGCUGAGAAAAAGGAAGAAGAAAGAUUAGAAGCUAUUCGACAAGCAGAGGAAGAACGUGCAGGAAAAUACGCAAAAAUGGAGGCUGAACGGGAAGUAAUGCGACAAGGAAUCCGUGACAAGUAUGGGAUUAAAAAGAAAGAGGAAAAGGAAGCAGAGGCAAUGGCAGCCAUGGAGGCUCAGGCAGAGGGAAGUUUGACACGGCCCAAGAAAGCGAUUCCUGCUGGCUGUGGGGACGAAGAGGAGGAAGAAGAAAGUAUUCUGGACACUGUCUUAAAAUAUCUUCCAGGGCCUCUCCAAGAUAUGUUUAAGAAGUAACAACAUGAUUAUAUGCAAAGUAACUCCUGGUUUUAUUGCUAGGUGUAAACCAUUCUCAUUAUAAAAUGAGAAUUUAUCAUCAUUUCAGCUAAUUAUAAUUUGACUGCUCACCUCUUCCUGUGUAGUGGCAUGGAAACUUCAUCACAACAGAACAUCCAGGGCAAUGCUGUGUCGCAGUCUCGAAAUAACCUAAUCUGAUAAGCCAUGUUUAUAGUCAAAUAAAAUCCAGAUAUUUAAUAGUGAAAAGAAGAAACUUGUAUCUUUUUAUCUAGUUGUGACCACUUUGACAUUACAGGGCUCCAGCUAGCAUUGAUUGUCCAAUUAUUGUUCAUCAUACACGUUAAAUAAAGCAUCAGGUCACAACACUGGGUGAUACCUACAAUACACAGCUAAUUAACCCAGCAUUCGAACUCUGAUUAAACAUUACUAACUCUGUUAAUAUCAACUUGUGGCAAUUUUCCAAUUUUGGAUAGAACUUAUUAAUGAGGUUAAAGCCUGGGAAUUAUGGUGUGUUAUAUCAUGGAAUGAAGCUUAACAUAUCCUUUCAAAUUCUUUUGACCGUUAUGUUGAUAGAGCUUUGAUCUAUUUGUUUAAACAGUUUAAUGUCCCUAAGAAGCAAUAGAAUGUGAUAAUGUUCUGUAUUUAUAUCCUAAUAUUGCAUAAUUUCCACUUCAUUUUUUUAGCAUUUUAUUAUAUAAAUGUAUAUUAAUAUCCUCUUGGAAUCAUAAAUUGUAUUUUCUAAAACAUACUUCAUAGUUCCCAUAUAUUUUUACCUAACAUCAAUGCUAAUGGUGGACAGAGACUUCAUGAAUGUAAACAUUACAGCAUGAUAUAAAUAUCCUGUACAGAAAUAUUCAAUGAUCACCAUACUUUGAGAAUAAAUCAAAGGGUUGUACAAAGUCAGGCGAAAUACAUUAAUUUCGUAAUGUCCUGCUUCUACAGGCUGUGACAUAGGGUGAUGCCAUUAUUAAGCAUCUAGCAUGUCCUAUGAUGCAUCUCAGUUGACUUUGUUAAUAACAGUUAUGGUUCCAUCUCUUAAAUUGAAAACAUUUUGCCAUUUAAAGUGGGAAAUGAGCAGCUAUGUAUUUGAUAAUGCAAAAAAACCCUGUGACUCCAUCAGUUAAAAAAACUCUUGAAUAUCAUGUUAGCUUACAUCUUUUUCAAAAGUGUCACAAAGCAUCAUAAAGUUUUAAAAAUUUCCACUGUUUGCAGAAGCCUGACUUUGUCAAUCAGUUUUGCAGUCACAGCAAACUAAUUAAAACCCAGGCCUUGAAAUAGUUUUGCACACCAAGUAACUAAUCUUUAUCAUACCAAAUCAAAUAGAGACUUUCAAUUUUGUGGCAAUAUUCAGGCUGGGAGGCCAUCAGCUCUGUGCUUCCCUUUCACAGCCAGAGAACGUGUAAAAUAGACCGACGUGAACUGAAGUGGCGUGUCACAACUAGGGCCCAUCAUUGUCAUUCUGUUAUUAAUACAGGAUAUUAUUAUGUCUCCCUUGUCACAUAUUUGGUAUCUGGUGUUUGUCAUGUUAUGUACUAAAACCUGUCAGAAUUGUAAAUAGUUAAUUAUUAUACAAAGUCAAGCCAUUUAAAAUUGAUGUAAGGAAUAGAUCAUAUUGCUGGACAUGGGAUAAUCCCAUGCAAUUAUCACUGUGAAAUUCCAGGGAGUGUGGAGAAUUCUUGUCAGUUGAUGAUUAUUAUGACUUGUUUCAGUCGUUAAAACCACUAUAUCUUGAGUACUGUAUUUUCCUCAUGCCAUACCAGCUGAUAAAAUAUGACUAGUUAAAAUAUUCAUUUUACCAACUAGGGAAAAACCUGUGGUAUUUGAAAAUAUUUUACUGCGAUUAAAUGCCAUAUUUCUCCCAGAACCCUCUAAUGAGACGUGUGUUCACUGUAGAGUUGAAGGUGAAAACUUGAGUUUAGCCUGAACUUGGAGUUAAACCAUAUGUGUCCUAUUCAGAGUGAAAUUGUGCAGGGUACAUACAGCCAUAUGUUACAUUUUGUAGGUGAAAGUCAAAAUGAAUAGGUUUGCAAGGACUGCAGGUAUUUCUGAAUUACAAUUCACCAGAAAGGUCAGAAAAUUGACAGCAUUUCAAUAUUUAAGUAAUGACCCUGUAUUGAAAAAUGACAGUAGACUUAUCAAUAAAAUAAAAACUAAGAACUGCAGACACUGGAAAACUGAAACACAGACAGUAAGUACUGGAGAAACUCAGCAGGUCUGGUAACAUUACAGAUAAAAAAAUACAGUUAACAUUUCAGACCAGUGACCCCUAAUCAGAACAUUUCUCCAGCAAUUUCUGAAUGUGAACUUGCCACAGAGAACCCAUAUGCUACCCACCCUUCCCUUUCCUUCUCACCUCAAUUAGCAUCUUACUCACUCCCAUCCUCCACCACACACCUUCACUCCUGCUUCUUUUGCUCCUCUCUCUCUGCCACUCUAUUUUAUUCCCCUACCCCUCACCCCUAUAAAUUGCACCCUCUUCCCUUUCUUGCACAGGCAUACAUAAUCCAUCCCCCUUCCCUCUCCCUCCUACUUUACACGUGACCCCACCCACUCCCACAGCCCCAGUUCUGAUGGUAUUUUAACCAUUACUGGAUUUUUCUCACAAAAUAAAUGGAAGUAUUGCCUUCAAAUUGAACAGUUUGAAUAUGAUUUCUUUAAAGCAAAUACCUGUACUGUGUUUUAAUUUUAAUUAAACCAAAGAAAAAAAUUGCUCCAGAUUUAUGAUUGAUGAGGUUUUCCAGUUUGUAUCACGUUGAUAUUGGUCAUAAUGAAAAGGAACCAUUUAUCUCAGGUACGGGUUCUUGUUUUGAACAUCUUGCUAAAUGGUCGAGUGUGUCCUUGAGAUUAUUUCACUCACAGCCUUUCUGUAGAAUAUAAGCAAGAUACUGCUUUAAAGAGAAAAAAAAAACAAAUUUAAUUUGAUAAGCUCCACAUGUUUCAACAGAGAAAGCCAUAAAGUAGGCUUGGCAGUCUUAAAUAUUUGCUCCAAAGUACUGGAACACAUAAUAGUUUACAUAAGAAAGUGGCCUAUAACAGGCAUAAGUCUUGAAAUCUAAAUUUUCAGUCAUAAUUUGCUUAUAUUUGUGACUGAGGCAGAACCAAAGCAAUAAUAUUCUACUCUAUCCAGUUAGAAAGGGAGACACUGGGGAUGAUUUUAACCUUUGCUGUCCUUUGGGAGAAUGAAGAGGCUGAGCAGUAGAUGCUGGUUUCACAUCUCCCAGGAUUGUAUUUCCCAUGGAAUUCAGUGUAGAGCAAUAUUUGGGGGUACAUAACCUCAGCAUCCCACGCAGUCCCAAAGGAAUAUCACCUGGGAAUGAGGUUAAAGUGACUCGAUGACAAGCAAAUUACCAUUGGUGAUUAGAAGGGCUAACAGGUAUAAAUAUACUUUAGCCCAGCACUUUGAUUUCAAAAAUCUAAGGCAGAUACUGAUCCAGCAGAGAAAUGUGAUUGAAUUUGAUUUAAGAUUAGAAUUGAACAGUUCCAUUAUUUAUUCAAAUAUAAUUAGACAUUUUUAAGAUCUCAUUGUUUGAUUUCAUUUUAAUUACUUCUGAAGUAAUUUUCACAAAUCUAAUGCUGAAGGGCCAUUUGGGAAACCAGGUUAUAAGCUAACAAGAAUGGCAAAGUAUUAAAUAACAAAUAGGAUAAUAUUAAAAAUUGGAGAGUUUAAAAUAUAAUUCAAGACUGCCAAGCCAAUAAAAAAAUGAGACUGCAAUAUAUCUAUUAAUAUACUGGUCUGUGUGAAAAACCAAUUUGUUUCAAGUUAAUUGUUGUCUUUCAAUGAGGCUGUUACAGUUUCUCAUUCUGGUUUCAUUAUUGUCUCCACUGAAAUACGUUAACCACAUUAAAUUUACUGAUAAAAGUCAAGGUUAUGCUGUAGUUCAAACCUUUGUUGUGUCCUGAAUUGAAAUGUCUGAUACAUGUUCAGUUGCUUUAUCCACAGUCCGUCCAUCAUCAAACAUUUCAUUCAUUCCAUUUUGAAACUUUUUAGGAAAUUCAAUUGGUGCUUCUUGUGACUCUUCAGAGCUUUGUGUUUCGUGUGAAUUGGUGAAUUCUGUGUGAACUGGUGAAUUUUGUUGUGAAGGAUUCGGUUCUGCUCCAGGCUACAUGCAUGUUGUAUUGUCCUAGUAGCAACUUAAAGACUUUAUAACUGAAUAUUAUGUUGAUUUUAGCAGCUGUGACAUCACUGCAUGUUGCCUAUAUAGAAUUUAUUGUAAUGUUCAUCUGUGGUAAAAUAACACAUACAAAUAAAGUUACUUCACUCAAA